AUGGAACAAAUCAGCCCACGAGGCCUCAGCAACGAGGUUUGGUACCUCAUUGUUCGACAAUUUCUCUCUCAAGAAGAUCUUCUAGCUGUAUGCGCGGUGUCGGAAUUUUUCCGUGCCUUGGCUACCCCUGUGUUAUACCGUUCAGUUGUCCUCCGCAGUUUCAGAGAUAAUAAAAAGAUUACCUUGGAUCCAGAUUCUGGCGACAUCCAUGAUGAAAGUGCCACAUUUGGUCUCUAUUGUCAUCUCAUGAAUGAGGAAAAUACCAACCUGAGAGCUUGGGUGCGUGACGUGACACUUGCGGCCAAGCAGACGAGGGAAGACCCAGCAAAGAGCCUGAAAAGACUGGACGACUUUACUGGCUUGGUGAAAAUACUGCCAAAUCUUGAAAAUAUCUACUUAAAAGAGGAGUUGCCAUUGACGGAUAUGUUUCUGGAUACGAUUCGUGACCAUGAAAAUUCGCCGAGGCUUCAUUUGUUCCACGAAAUCGGCCGGACUAAGGUCGACCGCCAAGUGCCUUCAUUGCGUACUUUGAGUAUUAGUAUUUCCCCUGAUUUCAUUCGCGAUGGGGACCCGGAGGACUCACCGUUGACCCUCGCUCCUCGUGAGCUCUUUCUCGCUUUUCUGAAUCUUCAGACCCUGGUUAUCUCGGUACAACGCCGAUUUGGGGGAUGUGUCAUGGGCCCACGACAUCCGCUAUAUUUUUCACCUUUGAAUUUGCUCGAAAAGGAGAGUUUCCCUCCCCUAGAGAGUCUCUCAUUAAGCGGAUAUUAUGUUUACGCGGAGGAGAUGCUCAGUUGGAGGACAAAGCUUCCUUGGCAAACUUUAAGGUCACUCCAUCUGACGGAGAAUAAGGGGUUUCUGAAGAGCAUUACUGGCUCCCCCCUUUUGCUAAAAGAACUCGUCAUCUUUGAAGCUGAAGGCACGACUGAUGGCGAAUGUGGGGAGUUAGAGCAGUUCUUGUUAUCAUUUGAUACACUUGAGAGACUGGAUGUGACGGGCAAGUUGCCACGGAUGGAUGCUGUUGCUCACCACCCUGCUUUAAAUCAUCUCCGCCUGCAUGAGAUUGAAGAGCAUGAUACAACAAGGAGUAACCUUGCGCUAGAAGAUCCUGAAGGUAUCCUUGCAGCUUUAGCAAAAGGAUUCACCGGCGUCCGCCAUCUACGCCUUCAUGUCGCGUCUGAUCUUUUGAACAUAGAAAGUCAGUCAAUACUUGGAUCAGAUUCAGAUCAAUGGAAACCGCCACUGAGCGAAGCCACCAUAGCGACAUUUGUUGAAGAAUUUCUUCGCCACAGAAACAUCUUCUCACAGCUACACAAAAUAACGCUCAAGUCUGGUGAGAAUAAGCGCUGGUUCCCUCAAUGGCCACCACGGUAUGCAAACCUCGAAGAAAAGAGUUCCAAGGUGUUUGAGAUAUGUUUCCUUGGAAAUGAAUGCAAUGAUCCUGUCGUCACAGAGCUGGAGUCUGAUUAUAUGCGACAAUUGCGAGAGAUCAGCGAAAGCAUUGCAUCGAGGCAAUUCAAGUGGGGGAACUUUUUGCCGGGCAUACCACCAAAGGGCGACGCAUAA